AUGCCCAAUCUCCAAAAGUUUGUUAUUCUCGGUUGCAAGCUUAUGGAGGGCCUGCCUUUGGGCCUCCAAAACUUGACCGAGCUUAAAUAUCUUGGGUUGGGUGAUAUGUCUGAUGAGCUAAUCCGCAAAGUACAGAAUUUGGAUAAACAAAGUGAAGAUUAUCAGACAAUUUCUCGUAUCCCUCAAGUUGGCAUUGGCCACUUUAUAAAUGGCUUUUCUAAAAAUUUCAAGGGUCUAAUACAUGGAGAUCCAUUCCAGGCUCUAAGCUCCUGGAAUGAUUCCAUUCAUUUUUGUGAUUGGCGUGGAGUCACAUGUGGCCUGCUUCAUCAAAGAGUCACUGUCUUGAAUAUGUCAUCAUUUCACUUGGUUGGUUCUCUUUCUCCCUCCGUAGGAAACCUUACCUUUCUCAGAGAACUCAAUAUUCAGGAUAACGAUUUUCAUGGUAUGAUUCCUGAAGAAGUAGGCAGGCUUUUUCGGCUUCAGUAUCUUCGUUUUGCCAAUAAUUCCUUUGAGGGAGAACUUCCAUUAAAUAUCACGGGUUGUUCAGAGCUAAGUAUUCUUGAUUUAAGGGGUAACAGGCUCAUCGGGGGAAUUCGAGAUGACCUGAGCACUUUAUCUAAGCUUUACGCCCUGAGCCUUUCCAGGAAUAAUUUCUCAGGCAGCAUUCCACCAUCUUUAGGUAAUAUUUCCUCUCUUCAGAUACUUAACAUGUCAAGAAACAAUCUAGGUGGAAAUAUUCCGGCGGAGAUUGGUUGGCUUUCAAAUCUGCAUGUCCUUGAGCUGUCCUCAAAUAGACUUUUAGGUGCAGUUUCUCCUCAGCUCUACAACAUUUCGACACUCCAGAUCUUUUCUAUUACUAACAAUCUAUUAAGUGGACAGUUUCCUGCUACUCUUAUAAAAAUUAGCAUAGGAGACAAUUCACUCACAGGACCAAUUCCAAAAAGUCUAGGUAGUCUGAAAGAACUUCACGUUUUACAUUUUGGCCAUAAUCCCCUUGGAACUGAUAAAGCAAAUGAUAUUAGCUUUAUUUCCUCAACAAAUUGCACAAAUCUACAAAUAUUGAGUUUGUCAAGAAUUCAAAUUGGAGGCAUUCUACCAACUGUCAUUGCCAAUCUUUCAACCAAACUCACAUCUUUGUGGCUAAAUGAUAACAUUAUAUCUGGUAGCUUACCUUCUGGGAUUGGAAACCUUGCAAGCUUGGGCUAUCUCGAUAUUCUUGUAUUAGAACAGAACAUGCUUACAGGUAACAUUCCUGUUUCUCUGAGUAACUGCAGUAACUUGCAAGGAUUUACUGUUAGUCAGAAUCGCCUAAGUGGAGCUUUACCUAAAGAAUUCUUGAAUCUUGUGUCAUUGGAUAUUUCAGAAAACAAAUUAUCUGGUGAAAUUCCAUCCUCUAUUGAUGGUUGUGAGAUGUUGGAAUAUCUUCGGUUGAAAGGUAACUUUUUGGAAGGCUCUGUACCUUCUACUUUAGGAGAAUUGAAAAGCAUUCAUGUCAUAGAUCUAUCUCAGAAUAAUUUAUCAGAGCAAAUUCCAACUUCUUUGGCAAAAUUAAAAUUCAUCAGCACUCUAAAUCUUUCCUAUAAUAUGCUAGAGGGUGAAGUGCCAAUGGAUGGGAUCUUUGCAAACUCUAGUACCUUUUCAGCACUGGGGAAUGGAAAGCUAUGCGGAGGAAUCAAAGCAUUGAACUUAUCAUCUUGUCCUAAACCUACCAAUAAGAAAGCAAAGCUGUCUACUCCUAUACUAAUAGUUAUUGCCAUUACUAAUAAAAAACAGAAUCAGAAGCUCUCAUAUGCAGAAUUAUAUGAUUCCACCAUUGGUUUUUCUUCAGAAAAUUUGAUUGGUGAAGGUAAAUAUGGCUCUGUUUACAAAGGGGUCCUCAAACCUGGUGAGCAAAUGGUUGCUGUUAAGGUUCUUAAGCUCCACCAACAUGGUGCCCAUAAGAGCUUCUUGGCUGAAUGUGCAGCAUUGAGAAACAUUCGCCAUCGAAACCUUGUCAAGAUCAUAACCUCUUGUUCAAGUUUAGAUUUCAAACACAACGAUUUCAAAGCUUUGAUUUUUGAAUAUGUGCCUAAUGGAAGUUUAGAGAAUUGGUUACAUCCAAGUUCAGCUGAGGAAGAAGGACAAAGCCUAAUGAAGCUCCAGUUGAUACAAAGACUGAAUAUUGCAAUCGACAUUGCGUCUGCCUUGGAUUACCUUCAUAACCAUUGUGGGACACCGAUUAUCCACUGUGAUCUAAAGCCGAGCAACAUACUUGUAGGUGAUGAUUUUCGUGCCUUGGUUAGUGAUUUUGGCCUAGCAAAAUUUCUUUCCUCCAUUGAAGGUAAAUCCCAUCAACAUCAAAGCAGCUCAGUAGCAAUUAGAGGAACAGUUGGAUAUGUUUCUCCAGAAUAUGGCAUGGGUGGAGAGGUAUCAACACAAGGAGAUGUAUACAGCUAUGGUAUUCUAUUGCUUGAAUUGUUUACAGGGAAAAGGCCUACUGACAGCAUGUUCACAGAAGAUUUUAGUCUCCAUAGUUAUGUCAAGAUGGCUCUUCCCCACCAGGUAAUGGAAAUUGUUGAUCCAAAGAUCUCAAUGGAAGCAGAAUCCAUACCAGGUAUAAUCACCAAAACAAGCAAAGGCGGCAGCAUCAGUCAGGAGGAAUGCUACUUAUCGAUGUUUCGGAUUGGUGUUUCAUGCUCUGAAGAAAUUCAGAGGGACAGGAUGAAUAUUAAAGAUGUCCUCAGUGGAUUACAAGGAAUCAGGAAUGAGUUUAUUCAGGUUAUAAAUGAGAGCCAAAUGAGAUGA